AUUAUCAUCGUGAAGUUGAAAUCCAAAGAGUUGCUGUAUUGAGGAAUGUCUUUUACAUGCAAAACCUGCUCCAAGAACUUUACGCAGCUGAGAAGUUUAACUCGUCAUGAACGGUCCGUGCAUGGAGAGAAGAAGUUUGUCUGUGAUCAAUGCAGCGCAUCCUUUACACGGAAAGAUGAUUUGAAGCGGCAUAAGAAGCGGCACGAAGGAACGAUCACACAUAUCUGCGAAAACUGUAGGAAAGAGUUUCACCGUCGUGAUAAUUUAGUGGGACAUCAAGCUCAAUGUCAAGGGAAUCCUUUGAAAAGAGGGUGUGACGAAGACCGAGAUGAAGACGAUAGCAGUCCAGCUCCAAAGAAAAUACGAGUUCAAGUUGAAGAAGGUGAGCCAAAUAGUCAAGUUGAAGAAAACCCUUGCAGUUCCACUUCGGCGUUUGACGAUUCCUUGAAGAAGAUCGAGUUGAAACCGCGGAAAGACCAGAAACAGGACGUGUCCCACUUCUUACGUGGCAAGACCAAACCGAUUUUGACCCACCUUUCCAACGAGUUGGUAAAGAAAAGGGGUAUCAAAUGGUUCAUAAGCGUUAAAGUACGGUUCAUCAAACCUAAACCCGACGGUGAAGAUUUGACUACCGAACCCCACUUCCGUAGUCAUUGUAUGAAAACAGUAGCCCAACACGAACUCGAUAAUCAACUAGACGAAGCCAAGCAGAAAAUCAUCCAGUCAUUGGUCAUGUUUCAAAAAGAAGGAAGUGGUUGGAUAUUAGACGAAAUCUUUCAUCUUGACCUGAGCAUCGCUCAGUAUUCUCCAGUUAAAGGAUCCAGUUAUAUCCCUCUACCCAGCAAGCUAAAGACUAAGAAAGCUAUCAUAAACGUGAAGAAUUCUGAUAACAAAUGUUUCAUGUGGUCUAUCCUCGCCGCUCUACACCCAGUGAAACAGAAUGCGGAAAGAUUGCAUCAUUAUCAACAGUUUCAAGAUGAAUUAGAUUUGGCUGGUAUUGCGUUUCCUGUUACUGUUGACAAGAUUGAAAAAUUUGAGCGUCAGAACAAUAUUUCUGUGAACGUGCUUGGCUUUGAGGAUGUACUCUUUCCCAUCUACAUCACAAAGGAACACUUUGAUACCCACGUAAACCUAUUACUAUACUCCCAGGGAACAACUAGACAUUACUGCCUCAUCAAAGAUCUGAAUAAAUUACUCUACAGCAAAAACCGGAAAAAGGCUCGUAUGUAUUACUGUCGUUACUGUCUUCAUGGAUUUAUCCGAGACGAUCUCCUCCAAGAACACGAACCCCAUUGCUCUCAACACGGUCCACAACGUAUUGAACUCCCGAAUGAAGAUAAUGCUCAACUGUCCUUUAAAGACUACCACAAGCAGUUGAAAGUGCCCUUUGCAAUCUACGCCGACUUCGAAAGUCUUACCACCAAAAUCAAUUCAGUUAAACAAAAUCCUGAAAAAUCCUUCACUGAAAAAUACCAACACCACCAACCUUGUGGAUUUUCCUACAUUGUUGUAUCCGACUAUGCGAAGUACUCCAAACCACCCGUUGUGUAUCGCGGAGAAGAUGCAGUCGACAAAUUUUUAAAGUGUUUAGAAGAAGAGCAGAAAUAUAUUCAAGAGAAACUGGAUUGGGUCGAACCCAUGCGAUUGAGAGAGAAGAAGAGCAAGCGUUUCAAGAUGCAGUCCAUUGUCAUAUUUGUGGAUAUGAAUUGGGUUCUGAUCGUGUUCGCGACCACUGUCAUCUUUCAGGAAAGUACCGUGGGGCUGCACACAACGAUUGCAAUUUGA